AUGUCAAUCUCCAUUUCAUGUUCUGCAGAUUUCAGUGAGUUCUAUAAAUACGCAUUCUAUUAGUAUUGAGAAAAGUAAAUAUGUUUUCAGAGCUGAAACAAAUCCACGCCGAGCCAAGCAGUUAUUGGAAGUUAGAAUGGUUUUGGUAGUCAGUCGCCUUCCGGCGGAUUCGUUUUUGAUUUAAAACUCGGAGUUCAGUCAGAAUCAAUUCCAACUUCGACAUUCUUGUUACUAGAAUAUUGAUAUUGGGAUAUGAAGCAAGUUGGAUAGGCAAAAGGUGAGAAAAAUCGUUCACUAAUCGAAAACUCCCAAAAUAUGAAAGAGUCGCGUAGUAACUUGAAUUAGCUGCUAGCUAAGCGAUCAAUCACCUGAAUUAAUUUAGUUUAUGAAUAUGUGAUAGGUGAUUAAUCCUUCAGCUCAUUUUAAAUUCAGCUCACUUCACUUUAAAGUGAGCUGAAGAGCUGAAAAUUUGCUAAGCGAUUAAUCGCCCAUCUUGUCUGAGAACCCCCAAUAUCCUAGUCAUAAAGUCUUGAUUUUGGCCAAUCUUAAUCAAAAUAUCCACUCCAGAAACCUUCUAAUAAGUCAGUUAUUCUUUCAGGUUCGAAAACUGGUAUUCUCAAUAUUCUACAAGAAUUGGAAAUUCUCACGUGGAACUCAACACCAUCAUUCAACGUCAUUAA